AUGAUUCUAGCGGAAAGGAAGAAGGAGCUCGAAAUCGGUACCUACCAAAAAGAAGUGCACGAAGAACUACAAGCGGCAUAUGAACAGGACAAGUUUGCUAAAUAUGCAAAUGAAGAAAAAUUUGAUACCUUUAUAUGUGAAGGGAAUAAAAACAGUGCAGGUGGCAUAGCAGUGGUGGAAGAGAGUCAUGUGAAGUGUUGGAGGGAUGAGAAGAAGAACUGCGGAGUUGUAUACAGAAGCAUGGACGCGGUCAUGUCUUUUAAAAAAUUUGCAGGAAAGGAGAUUAACCUUCAAAGGGAAGACAGUGACGAUGAGGAAUCCAUUUUGGGGAUGGAAAAACUAAAGCGGUUAAUGGUCAAGGGAAGAAGCAAGAAUAGACGUGAUAGUGAUGGUGAUGGUGAUGGUGAUAGUCUUUGGGUAAGGAAAACCAUUACGAGAAAAAUUGACAUGAGGAAUAGGGAAAAUGCUUCCUCAUCUGAUGAUGACAUGACGGAACUAUUUUUAAGCUUCGUUCAGCUCCGUGAUAACUUUGGUGAACUAGCAAACCUAGUGGGAAUAUCAGACCUACGCUUGGGAAAUAAGAAGAGCCAUUUGGAUGGACACAUAAAAGGGUGUGUUACCUCCGGGGGGAAGGGGCAAAAGGAAUGUGGAAAAACAAAUGGUUACAUCUUACCAAAUUUUGAACUUAACGAAAGGGAAGAUGAUACGGUACACCAUGACAAGUAUGUCUCCUUUAGGCAGAGGAACAUAUACAGGAUGUUGCAGGAGUUGCAAGCCAAAGUGGAGAAGUACGAAUGGGUGCUGACAGAAGGGUGUUCACAUGUAAAGGGGAGUGAAGACCAAGGCCAAAGCGUAGGUCAGACUUUGCUAUCCAUAGCUAUGUUCCUAAAUCUAUGCAUGAAUGAUAAUAUGGGGAAGAGAAUUUUGAAUUAUAUUUAUUUACAAAGGAUAGAAAUAAAGAAAUGCAAAGAGUACUUGGUAAGUUUGAACAAGGGGAGGUCGCUGGACUUGUUUUGUUCCCAUGUUGAAUCUGUCACCAAGGGAGUCCCUCGCGAAGAAGACCCCGCUAUCUUUGUGGAUAAGCUCUUUCGUAUUGACCUGACUGAACACAACGAACAGGUGUUGACUCUGUACAAGCGGCUGCUACAGAGCGAGCUGGGGGUCGACGCGAUGUUGCGCGAGAUGGAAACGGUGAAUGGUACUCUUGGGAGGAUAUGCCAGAAUUGGGAGGGGGGAUUAGGCAAAAAGAGGCGAGAGUAG